GAGAUAUCCCAGUGGAGACACUCGCACGAUUCGAGAAGGACGUGAAGCGAACCGACACCGGGUUCCUAGCAAUAGCAACAGAGGUGGAAGACGACAAGGAGAAGGUCUCGGAACCUCCAGGGAAAAUCAAGGAAUUGCUGAAGGAGUUCCAAGACAUCCUUCCUGACGACCUACCGAACGAGCUACCGCCAUACCGCACACAUCAACACGAGAUCGUGGAGGAACCAGGUUCGAAGCCGACCUUCCGAGCACCAUAUCGGCUCAGUCCUACAGAGCUGACCGACAUGAAAAAGCAAAUCGAGUAUCUCCUAGCCAAAGGACUCAUCCGACCAUCUACUUCGCCAUACGGUGCCCCAGUACUCUUCACCCCGAAACCGGACGGGAGCCUGCGCAUGUGCAUCGACUACCGAGCUCUUAACAAGCAGACCAUCAAGAAUAAGUAUCCGAUACCACGAAUCGAUGACCUGCUUGACCAGCUUCGGGGAGCUACGGUAUUUUCCAAACUGGAUCUGCGGUCCGGAUACUGGCAGAUACGGAUGGCGGACAACUCUAUCCACAAAACUGCUUUCCGAACUCGGUACGGAUCGUACGAGUAUUUGGUCAUGCCGUUCGGACUCACCAACGCGCCGGCAACAUUCCAAGCCGAAAUGAACCACAUUCUACGACCACUUCUGGACGAAUGCGUGGUGGUGUACCUGGACGACAUACUCAUCUACUCACGCGACAUGAAGCAGCACGUCGAACACCUGCGACGCGUCUUCGAAAUUCUUCGACGAGAACGAUUCUACGUCAAACUGUCCAAGAGCGAAUUCGCCCUGGAGAAGGUCCAAUUUCUAGGCCACAUGGUGAGCGCUCAAGGAGUUCACGUCGACCCCAAGAAGAUCGAAGCCGUACGUACGUGGAAGACACCCGAGAACGUGAAGGAGUUGCAGCAGUUCCUAGGCUUCGCUAAUUACUACAACAGGUUCGUGCCACAGUAUGCGAAACUCGCGGCACCACUCACGAAUCUGCUGAAGAAGAACACGCCCUACAAAUGGGAGACGAAGCACCAGGAAGCCGUGGAGCAACUGAAACAAGCACUGACAUCCGCACCGGUACUCAUCUUGCCAGAUCCCGAACGUGACUACGUCAUCGAAGCAGACGCCAGUGAUCAAGCCGUGGGUGCAGUCUUGAUGCAAGACCAAGGGAAUGGACUGCAACCCAUUGCCUACCUCAGCAAGAAACUGCACGGGGCAGAACUCAACUACCCGAUACACGACAAAGAGGCUCUUGCUAUCAUCAUCGCCUUCAAAGCGUGGAGAUGCUAUCUCGAAGGACGAAGAACAACCGUCUACACCGACCACUGCAGCCUGAAAUAUUUGAAGACACAACCCAACCUUUCCAGGCGGCAGGUCCGGUGGAUCGACUUCCUCGAGACACACUUCCACUACGACAUCGUGUACAAGCCCGGCCACAAGAACAAAGCAGACGCGCUCAGCCGGCCUGCACACGUUGCCGCGAUUCAGGUCGAAGGGAUGAAUCCACUACUCAAGGGACUCUUCACACACGGGUAUGCCAUCGACCCCGAAAUUUCCUUGGCAGAAAAGCGACAUCUGCUACAGUGGGACAGUGACAUCGCGUACCGGAAGGGAUCCACAAAAAUCUGGGUACCCAAUUACCCUCCUUUGCGCCAGUUACUACUCGAAGAAUACCACGACGUCCUCUACGCCGGACACUUCGGUAGCAACAAGACGCUCACCGGUAUCGCCAAACACUACUACUGGCCCCAUAUGGCAGACGACGUCCAGAAAUUCGUCACCUCAUGUGAUACAUGUCAGCGGAUGAAGAGCAGCAAGCAGAAAAAGGCGGGACUACUGCAGCCUCUUCCUGUCCCAGAACAACCAUGGCAAGUGGUUAGCCUGGACUUCAUCACAGGGUUACCACCUACCACCACCGGUCAUGACGCGAUCCUCGUCGUCAUCGACAAAUUCUCUAAGAUGGGACACUUCAUCCCGACACACACGACGGCACGCACCGAGGAGACAGCACAACUCUUUGUUCGCUACAUCAUCUCACAGCAUGGCAUUCCAACAACACUCAUCUCCGACCGAGACCCCAAGUUCACCAGCAAGUUCUGGAAGGAACUCAUGUCUCUGCUCGGUACCAAACUCGCCAUGUCAUCUGCAUACCAUCCCCACCUCCCAUCUAAACUUCGACCUCGCUUCUGCGGGCCUUUCCUCGUUGAAGCACAGGUCACUCCUGUUACCUUCCGCUUACGCCUACCAGCUACCUGGAAGAUUCACAACGCCUUCCAUGUCCAACUUCUGAAGCCCUAUCGGGAUCCUAAUACGAUCUUCGUCGGACGCCAACCGCCGCCGCCGCCGCCCGUCCUCGUCCAAAAUGAACCCGAGUACGAGGUCGAGUCCGUGCUUGCACACCGCCGUCGUCGGAAUGGCACCGUGGAGCUUCUUAUUCGUUGGAAGGGCUAUGAUCCUUCUGAGGACAGCUGGGUCUCUGAGACCGACAUGGGUAACGCCCGUCGUCCUCUGCAUGACUACCUUGUCAAGCAGGGUGUUACUUCUACCACCCAGCUUUGAGGGGGGGAAGUGUGAGAGUACGACUCCGUU